GCAUAUUGUACAAUUAGAAGUCAAUUGUUUUUGCAUUCACUUAAGAGUUUUUGAGCGCGGAAGACGAAAAAUAAGAGCAAAUAUGUACAUUUAAACAAAAAAUUAUAAAAAUAAAUCGUGACGUAAAAUUAAUUUUCCUAAAUUUUCUAAAAAUAUUAACGAAAAUUGCAUUAAGUGAAAAUAAACAAUGGCGCGAUACGAUUCACAAAUAUGUCGCGACUCACCAAAUUGUUACAACAAUGACAAUAUGUAUUUUAACGAGCUGCGGCUUAAUGAUGUUUCAAUAAUUGAACAACAAUGGAAUGCUUCAUAUUGCUCUGACUCGAGUAACAAUCCAGGCUGUUAUAUAUCCAAUGCUUGCUCUGGAGCAAAUUUAUCUUCGAAUUCAUUUUAUCGGUCACCACAAUGUUGUUCGGGAUCAUCACCAAAAUUUGAUGAAACGGGAAAAGACUUCCAUGAGAUUUUACUCACACCCACUUCAACAAAAGAAGUCGCUGUGCCAGCAGUACGUAUAAUUAAGAAAAGAAAUACGGCCAACAAAAAAGAACGAAGAAGAACUCAAAGUAUCAACAAUGCUUUUACAUGUUUACGAGAGAAAAUUCCCAAUGUACCAUCCGAUACGAAAUUAUCAAAGAUUAAAACGCUAAAAUUAGCUAUUUUGUAUAUUAAGUAUCUCGUUGAAGUAUUGGAUGGCGAUCAGGAUCCGAAAACAGGAUUUAGUGCGGAUUUAAGGCCGCUUCACAGAAAAAGUUCCAAUGACAAAAGAUCUUACUUAAAACAUGAUUUAAAGAAUAUUCAGCGCUCUAAUAAAGGUCGCACCGGCUGGCCCCAAGAUGUCUGGGCUUCUGAACUAAUUCCUGAUCAAGAAUGAAUGAACGUUUUUGUGAUUUGAACCGAACAAUUUUGUUGUUUAUAAUGCUGUUUGGUGUAAUUUUGUUUAAUUAGAAUAAUGAUAUAUUUAAAUUAUUAUAUAUUUAUUUAAUAGAAAUUUGGUUAUGUUAAAAGAGUAUGUAUGUAUCUUAAAUCCUUUACAAUAAAAAGCAAUUAAAUUAAAAAAAAAAAAUAUUCAUGAAUGAUUAAG